AUGUGGACGGGAGGAGAUGAUAGGCAUCCUUAUUAUUCUGAAUACGAACAAGUAAAAUUAACUCCCGAAACUUAUCAAGAAAAAGAAAUCGGCAAUUUUUCCACUUCUAAAAGCCACCAACAAUCUCCAAAUAAUUCAACAAAUCGCCGUGACUUAAUUAUCAUUAUUAGCCUAGUCGCCAGCACUCAAUUCCUCAACGAAAAUAUUCCUUUUUCUCAAGUUCUCUUGGUUAUUGACAAAGAGGAAAAAGAAAUUAUUGAUCGUCAAGAAGCCUUGAAGAGAGCCAAAAAUUUGGGUCUGGACCUUUUUUGCGUGGCCCCAGACAAAAAUCCUCCAGUUUGUAAAUUAAUUAAUUAUCAAAAAUACAUCUUUGAAUUAAGUAAAAAAAAGAAAGACAAAAAGGAAAAUGUUUGUAAAGAA